AUGUCUCAUGGCAUACCAAAGAUCCUCGAACAAAAUUCCUUCGACUUAACCCCAUACGAGGAUCUCUACAAAUACUUCCACGCCCACCCGGAACUCUCCCUCCAAGAGAAAUCCACCUCUGAAAAAGUCGCCGCCCAUCUGGCCCAGCUCAACGCCUAUGAAAUCCACACCCACAUCGGCGGCUACGGCCUCGCAGGAGUUCUCCGCAAUGGCCCAGGAGCAACCAUCCUGCUGCGCGCGGACAUGGACGCCCUCCCCGUCCAGGAACUCACCGGACUCCCCUAUGCAAGCUCGGUUACUAUGCGCGACGCCGAUGGAAUCGAGAAGCCGGUGAUGCAUGCCUGUGGACACGAUAUGCAUAUGACCUGUCUCCUGGCUGCGGCCGAAACUCUGGCCAAAACGCAGCACGCCUGGAGCGGCACGCUCAUCGUGCUCUUCCAGCCGAACGAAGAACGAGGCGGUGGUGCCCAGGCCAUGGUGGACGAUGGGCUGUAUUCCAAGAUCCCCGUACCGGAUUAUGUCUUUGGCCAGCACGUUAUGCGCAUGCGUGCUGGUAGCAUCGGAUCCCGACCGGGGACAAUCAUGGCCGCGGCGGAUAGUAUGAAAAUCACCGUCUUUGGGCGUGGCGGCCACGGCUCUCUACCUCAUCAAACGGUUGAUCCGGCCGUACUGGCAGCGCACAUCGUCCUUCGACUGCAAGGCAUUGUGAGUCGAGAAGUCGACCCCAGCGAUCUGGCCGUCGUGACGGUGGGCAGCCUGCAAGUCGGGCAGGCCGAGAAUAUCAUCGCCGACCGGGCCGAGAUUGGACUCGACUUUCGAACCGUCAAGCUGGAAACUCGACAAAAGAUCUUAUCCGCGAUUCAGCGCAUCGUUGAGGCCGAAUGUCAAGCUAGCGGGUCCCCCAAACCGCCCAUCUUCACGCCCACACGCCGGUUCCCGCCCACGGACAACGACCAUAACGUCGCGGACGCACUGGCCGUGUCAUUUGGACAGCAUUUCGAAGAACAAUUUGAUGGCGAUACACCUCGGACGAAUGUCAGCGAGGACUUUUCGAACCUGGGCCGGUGCAGAGAUCUUCCAUGUUGCUUUUGGUUGUUUGGGGGGAUUGAUCCUGAGCUUUGGGAUAGGGUGCACGGAGACGAGAAUUCCAGUGAAGAGAUUCCGAGCAACCAUUCGGCGAGGUUUGCGCCUGCGAUUCAGCCUACGAUGAAGGUGGGUGUAGAUGCUUUGUGUCUGGCGGCGUUGACGUUUUUGAGGAAGUAA